AUGUUUACAGACAACGUAUUAACAACACAUUUUAUCAAAUUACGUAUACGUGUACAGGAUAUUGAAAAAAUUGAAAAAAUAAUUUUUGAUUUCACUGAAAGUCUUGGUAGGAUACAUUUUAUUCAAUCAGAUUAUUAUCAAUGCCCAAAUGGUUUGAUAAAAAUUCAAAAAUAUUUUGAUGAUGUUAGUUAUACAAAAAUUUUGUUUUAUAAUAAAACUAAUGAUGAAGAAAAUUAUAAAAAAUGUAUUCAUUUAAAAAUGUGUUUUGAUGAUACCUCAAAAGAAGCAUCGUUGUUAUUGUCUGUUGCCCUAAACAAGAUGGCUUCAAUAAAAAUUAGUAGAAGGCAAUUUUGUAAAGAUAAUUUUAUUAUUAAUCUUGAUCUCGUUGAAGAUAUGGGAUAUUUUAUGAGUAUAAAAUAUAUUUUAGAAAAUGAAAAAGUUUGUAAAGAAGAAGUUUGGUUUAAGUUGAAAAAAAUAUUAUUAAUAAAUUUUGAUAUUCAUAAAAAUGAAAUUCUUCCUACAGCGUCUUAUGCAGAGUUACUUGUUAAUAACAUUUUAAACAAGUGUAAUUUAUUUUAA